GGUGGCGCAGCUGAUAAUGUCACAACUUGCCUGACCAUCGUAGCUGACACAUCUACCACCACCACCACCACUACUAAUAUCACAACAACCUCUACUACCACCACUACUAGUAUCAUAACAACCUCUACUACCACCUCCCAUCAUGGCUCGUGUAUUGCUGACUGGUGGCUGUGGUCUACUGCUGCUGUUGUUGACACUCCACAGCUCCACACAUAUUGUGAGCGCCAAGAAAACGUGCUUCAUGUCCGUGCGUCUGGCCACUAAGACGGCUGUGAUUGAGAAGGAUUUCAAAGACUAUGUGAUCAGGGGAUUUCUGAAGGGCUGUGGCUCUGCUGGUCGUACCUGUCCAGGCAAGGUCAUCCCGCAUUUCGAGGGUACGCUGGGAGGAGGGGUGACACCCAUCCGUGGCAAGGCGGCGGAACGUUUGUGUGAGAUAUUCAAUAGAGAGAUCACCCCUGAAGAGAAUGGCGAGGUGUUCGGCAAGUGGCACACCGGUAGGAGUUGUGGAAAGAGCGGCUCAACAUAUCUAGGUCUGUUGUGUUGCUGGAAAUAUACCAUAGGGAAAUACGUAUUCGUCGUGCCUAAUGAGGGCUGUGUAGAAACCACCAAGCCUAGUGCUUAAGGCUAAUGGGACCUGUCAAGUCAUGUGUCAUCUGUCAAGCCCUCUGUCAUCUGCCAAGCCCUCUGCUAUCGGUCAAAUUAUCUGUCAGGCCCCUGUCAUCUGUUAAAUCCUGUGUCACCUGCUGGAUGACCCCUAUUGGAUGACUAGUGGAUGACCUCUACUGGAUGAUUAGUGGAUGACCUCUGCUGGGUGACCUCUACUGGAUGACCUCUACUGGAUGAUCUCUACUGGGUAUUCUCUACUGGAUAACCUCUACUGGAUGACCUCUACUGGAUUAUUUCUACUGGAUGACCUCUGGUGGGUGACCUCUACUGGAUUACCUCAGCCGUAAAGCAAUGAUCAUCAUUUUGAUUCAUAUUUCUAAGUCAUAUUUACGUUUAGGAAAUAAAUUAUUUAGACAUAUAUAUAAAUAUUCAGAUAUAAAAAAAUAUAUACAGUAUGAUAAUUAUAUAAGCAAUUUAAUUAUAUAACUAAGUUUUUUGUGAUAAUCAAUAAAAUAUAAAAUAAUAUAAUUUAUAGUGACCAAGUGAAUCAUUUUAAUUAGACCUUUGAGAGAAAGAAAGAAAGAAAGAAAGCCAAUCUUCUUCAUUAGAUUGACGUAAAAUAUAUUACUGAGAUGAAGGGUUCGCCAGACGCUAGUGAUUGCUCAUACUGGCAGCACUCACCCAACUCGAUCUUUCAUCAAAAAAAAAUAUGAAACUACUAAAGAAACUAGGAUAAUUUGUUGUUAGAAAUAGCAAUGGAAGGAGAAUAGUAACAGAUGUUGAUGGGUAGGUGUGAAGGAUAGAAGGACCAAGUGGAGGGUAGAAAUUGAGAUGGAUGAAUGAUUGUUAAAAGCUAUGGCCCUUGGAGAGAUAAAACAGCUUGGAAUGAUUGGUAAAAAAAUGGAUAGGGAGGAGUUUAGAUUCGCCAAUCCUCACGACCAAAGAUAAAAUACCUUGAUUGAUUAAUAAAUCAAUUUUAUCCUUA